UAAGAACAAAACAGUUUUGAAGGCGUGUAUUAUUAUUGAUAAUAAGACUAGUUUUGUGUGAAAAAUGGCACCCAAAUUUGAUCAACAAAAAACAAAACAUCAGCUUUUCCACUUGUCCAUUAGUUUGGCUACUGUACUAAUUUGUAUGACGUAUUUGCAGUUCCAACGCAACUGGACAAACGUGGGAAGCAUUUGGAAGUCCUUAGUAGUGCCUAUUGUUUUCACAAGUGAAUUGCUCAAGGUACUACUUGCGAGAUUCUAUAGCCGGUGUGAUGAUAAUUCAUUAACACAAAAGCAGCGACAAAAGAGGGCUUCCUACUUUUCAAUACGUGAAAUAUGUGGAGGAUUAUUUUUACAAUUUUUAUGUACGAUUCUUUAUGCGUUCAUAUGUAUUAUACUAGGAGCCCCCGUUCUGCAGAGUUAUGAACAGACCUUCGUACUUGCACUUUUACUUACAUUAGAAACAACAACACCCACAGUAUUGCUAUUGGGAGGAGGUGGCGCAUUACAAGUGUGUUUCUGUGAAAAACCAGAUUUCAUAACAAAAAGUGAAGACACUGCGCUUGGGUUAUUUAAAUACAAUGCUAUAGGCGCUAUAUUGGGAGCUUGGGCUGGGUCGGUUGUUGCUCCAUUAGACUGGGAUCGUGAUUGGCAGGCAUAUCCAAUACCAAAUGUGGUCGGAGCUUUACUGGGAUGUGCUCUAGGCAAUAUUUAUGCAUGUUCUCAAAUUUUGUACGCUACUGCCAAGGUAUUUUUAAACAGAAAGCGCUAUUAAGGAAAGAUAAUCGGUCGUUCAUUUCCAAAUAAUAACGCAAUCGCUGCCAAUAGUGUAACCAAAUAUUAAAUUAAAUUGAAUGUCUUAAUGAGGAAAAUUAUCCAAUCUAGUCAAAAACAUAAUAAUUUUUUAUAUCAUAAGCAAAUUAAUUACAGACAUAAUUAUAGCUUCAAUAAAUGUAUGUGUGAA